AAGAGAACGCACCCAUGAUCAUCCCGUCUCCCCUCCACUCGUCUCUCCGUUCGGCCGUGUCCAGUCUCCAGUCCGCAACGGAAGGAGAGGAGGCGUCGAGGGAAAAUCGCGCCAACCGGGCCGAACGAAUCGUCGGAAGGCCGGGGAGGAGGUCUAGAAGGUGUGGGAAUGGCGACGGGGCUUGCCUUGGCGGCGGCGCCUCAUGUUGCUUCGGUCACGGGAUCGGGGACAGUGGAGGAGCAGGCGGCGGGGGUCGGCAUCUUGCUUCAGAUAUCAAUGCUCGUGCUCUCGUUCGUGCUCGGGCAUAUCCUGCGCCGCCGAAAGUUCUACUACAUCCCCGAGGCCAGCGGCUCACUCCUGAUCGGGAUGAUUGUUGGAGGGCUUGCUAACAUAUCAAACACUCAGAAAAGCAUCAGGAGAUGGUUUAAUUUUCGGGAGGACUUCUUCCUUCUCUUUUUACUGCCUCCAAUUAUAUUCCAGUCCGGAUUCAGCUUAGCACCAAAACCAUUCUUUUCGAACUUCGAUGCUAUCAUAACAUUUGCAAUCCUGGGAACCUUCAUUGCCUCCAUUGUUACAGGUCUUUUAGUCUACCUUGGUGGAUUACUAUACAUUGUCUACAGGCUCCCACUGGUGGAGUGUAUGAUGUUUGGUGCUCUUGUAUCAGCAACUGAUCCUGUGACAGUUUUGUCUAUAUUUCAGGAGCUUGGCACUGAUACAAAUCUAUAUGCACUGGUUUUUGGAGAAUCCGUUUUAAAUGACGCUGUAGCGAUAUCCUUGUACAGGUCUAUGGCAUCUAUGAGGACGCACCAUUCUGGAAAAAACUUUUUCCUUGUAAUUCUGAGGUUUCUUGAAAAUUUUGUUGGAUCAAUGUCAUCAGGCAUUGGUGUUGGACUAAUUUCCGCUCUCCUCUUCAAGUAUGCAGCACUGGGCGUUGAGAACCUUCACAAUCUGGAGAGUUGCUUGUUUGUGCUUUUCCCAUACUUCUCGUACAUGCUAGCAGAAGGCAUUGGUCUAUCUGGCAUUAUUUCUAUUCUCUUCACGGGUAUUGUGAUGAAGAGAUACACAUUCUCUAACUUAUCAGAUGAUUCUCAGCGUUUUACAGCUCGCUUUUUUCACCUUCUUUCUUCACUAGCAGAAGCUUUCGUGUUCAUAUACAUGGGAUUUGAUAUUGCGAUAGAACGUCAAAGCUGGUCACAUAUUGGAUUCAUAUUUUUCUCAAUUAUCUUCAUACUAGUUGCAAGGGCUGCAAAUGUCUUCUCUUGUGCAUACAUACUGAAUUUGGCACGACCUCCACAUUGCCAAAUACCUAGGCAAUAUCAGCAGGCUCUUUGGUAUAGUGGGCUUAGAGGAGCUAUGGCUUUUGCCCUCGCUCUUCAGUCUGUUCAUGAUCUUCCGGAUGGACAUGGCGAGACAAUUUUUACUGCUACCACAUCUAUUGUUGUUCUAACUGUACUCCUUAUUGGUGGCUCAACUGGAACAAUGCUUGAGGCCCUACAGGUAGUUGGGGACAGCAACCGUUAUUGCCAACUGUAUGAGCUGCAGGAGAGUUCUAAUGGCAACGACACUGGUUACACGGGACAAAAUUAUGAUGAAGGAGCAUCCACUUCAAGCAAAUUCAGAUCUAAACUUAGAGAUCUAAGGAGAAGCACCUCGUCUUUCGCUUUACUGGACAGAAAUUACCUUACUCCUAUUUUCACUUCGCAAAACGGCGACUGCAAUGAUAACACUACAGAAAGUCCCAAUGAAGAAUUGACGAUAUUCAGAGGACCUGGGGAUUUGGAGGUACAUGAUUGAUGACUGCAGAUAUGAAGUGCUUAUCUUCCAUGAAUCUACACGAUACUCCUUGUACCUUCCUCGGCGACCCAAAGUGGAAAGUGCAACCAGACAUUCGGCCAUAGCAUUGCCAUAUUAUUAAUCUAUAAACAUUAGUUAGCUAGGAUAGUUCAACGUAAGUCUUUGUACGUAGAAUAUAGGUGUAAUUUAUCAGCCUUGAAAUUCUGUUCUGAUCCGUUUCAGAAACUUUGUGCGUACGGACGCAUCUGCCUUCUUGUGCACCUGCAACACUCGUAGGUUCCUUGAAAUGCCUUCUUGUGCACCUGCAACAGUGCAGGUUCCUCCAAA